AUGGGUGACGUCAUCUUCAAUAAUGUGCGACAAUGCGGACAUGCAAAGGCAGUUUUCCAGAUGUUCUUGAAUCUCUUCCAGGUGACUGGGUCCAACAAGGGCGUGGGGUUUGCCGUCGUCAGAGCGUUGUGUAAAAGCUACCAUGGGGACGUCUUUCUCACAUCUCGAGGGGUAGGUCGUGGCCAAGCAGCCAUCGCUGACCUAAACAAGGAAGGCUUGCAGCCCAAGUUCCAUCAGCUAGACAUCAACGACCGGUCAAGUGUAGAUCAGUUGAAGUCCUUCCUACAGACCACCUACGGGGGAUUGGAUGUCCUGGUCAACAAUGCCGGAAUAGCAUACAAGAAAGCUCACCCAGCCCCUUUCUCGGAGCGUGCUGAAGUUACGUGUAAGACGAACUUCUGGGCCACCCUGGAUGUUUGCCGUGUUCUGUUCCCCCUGCUCCGACCUCACGCCAGCAUUCCACCAUGUCACUCAACCAUCACAGAAUGUUCUACCGCUGUUCAAGGUCGCUUCAAGGACCCUAGCCUGACAAUGAACGGUCUGGAGAAGAUCAUGCAGAAGUUUGUUGAUUGUGCUCUUCUAUGUGCAGUAUUGUCAAGGCAGGUAAACACCAGAACCAUGGAUUCCCAAACACGUAGGGCGUCAUGUCCAAGAUCGGGGUCCUUCAUCCAAGACAGAGAAAUCAGGAAGGACUCAAGAGAGGACAUCGUCAUCAAUACGUGCUGUUCGGGCAGCGUGACAACAGACAUGUCAAGUCACCAAGGCACAAAGACUAUCGAUGAAGGUGAGCAGUUUUGCAGGACAUAUUCAGAAACACCAGGCUGUGAUGUAGUUUGUGUUCCUGUCCAAGUAUGA